AUGCCUUUGGAAGACUUGAAGGUGUUGGAUAGCGAAAUUGCGAAUCUGGGGAAUCACCAGUUCUCUGAAACUGAUAUCAAUAAAUUCCUCCAUCACUGGAUCAAGGGAAACAGUAGGAAAUUGAGACGUCUUAAGCUGGAUGGAUUCAAAGAUACUCCUCAUUGGGAUAUCUUAUUGAAAGACAUAGUUUAUACGGAAUGGAAUCCAAAAGAGAGAGGAAGAUAUUACAAAUCAAAAUACACUGAUGAAGUGGAAACUAUUGAUUGUGAGAAUGGAAGGGAUUUCAAAAACAAGGAUGGACAGCUGGCUACUGUAGUUCACCAUUCGGAAUUCUUGGAUUUUUUUAUUUGGCAUGACAGAUUCACAGAAUAA